GCUAGAGCUCCGGUUGGCGGCGUCUGAGUAACCCAAGGACUUCCAAACCUCCCCCGACACAAGCAGACAUAUACGCAUAAUGGAACACGGCACUACUGUUAAGACGAAGAUCCACAGUGUGCCAUCGGUCGACGGCAACAGCCCCGCAAACAUGAACGCCAGCUCCGGCUUUGGCUCGGCAGCAAACCCGAAUCCCAACCCGAACAUGAACUCGGCCUCAACGUCCAACACUAGCACGAGCGCCAGCACGACACUGAACUCCGGAAUGAACCUGAAUGCAAGCACGGGGGCCACCGCGGUGGCCCAUUCCACGGCCAGCUCGAACUCGUACCCCAGUAGCCCGGCGGCGCAGAGCACUAACAGAGGCAAGAAGUUCUCCUGGGUGAAGCGGCUCAUGAACAACAACAAUGUCAUUGCUGCCGAGCCGACCCCGCUAGCCCACACCAGGGGUAACCGCCAGCACCGCCAGAACGACGGGCAGGAACAGCCUUACCGCCAGACCCGUCCUCGUGCACAGAAAAAGGGCCGCAAGGAUGCUGCUGAGACUUCGAAGCUGAAACCGAAGCCUGCGGCAGACAAGGAUGCCGACCGGGACAAUACUGUUCUGCGCAAACCAGCAGUCUACGAGCACAACGCCGGAAAGAUAUUCCAGUUCAACGACGUCACGAGCAUCGAGAACGACGAGAUGGUCAGCUACGUCUCGUCAAACGCAUCCUUGAAGUUGCAGGACUCCUACGACAGACAGUUCUAUAUGAGACAGGACGGGUACGACGCCAAUACAAUUGCUUCUGUGAAGUCGAUUUUCUCCGUAAACCCGGCGCCCUCUAUCUACUCGACUGGCGCUGUCAGCACCAACACAUCCGGGACCAACAACAACAACAGCAGCAGCAACAGAUCCUCAUUUGCGCCAGCCCAGUUGUCACACAUCAACCAUAUGCACCCGGUGGCGCACAGUCAUGGCCACAACUACAACCAUCUGAACACCAACCCCAACCCAAAUACCCACAACCAUAGCACUCCUCUGUUGCAUCAAAACAACGGCACAAGCUACAACAACUAUCUAGACUCUGCAAGCGCAUUCAGCGGGUCUGUGGCUGAAGACAACGUCAGCACAAAGCCAUUGGUUUCCUUUUCUUCCGACGAGGAGGAGGACUGCGACAAUGACGGUAGCCAGCUCGACUACAGCGACGAUUUCCACGCACACAAACCGAAACAUGCUUCCGGCCACCACGUGCAGAUAGCCGACGAUGACAGGAACACACGCACCUGGAAGAACAGCGAUGCAAACAACUCCGAAGAGUUUCUUGCUGAAAGCAUCACGACCACCGGCACAAAUGGUGAUGAUAAGGGUGGUGGUGGCGGCGACCAUGUCGACGACGACGACACGGACAGGACCCACCGGGCAAGUAAUAUCGAUCGCUACAUACAGCUAAACGACGAAUCGAAGGAACACUACAAACGCCAUGACGACUCCGACCAGUCGUCCUUCGACGUCAAAAGCAAAUACCCGAGCUCCACUAAAUCCGCCGCCGUCACCUCGAUGUCUAUCCUGACGUCACCCAUGCUUACCACCAUCAACUCCUCAACAACCACAGCCACCACCAUGACUAACAACACCACCAAUACCAACGUCGCCACCGCAGCCUCUGUCAUGACCUUGGCAAGCUCCUCCCGCCAUGUGUACAACGUCUAGUGUUCCGCCCCUUGCGCCCCUCCAUCUGACGUCUACUCUUCCUUCUCUCUUCGAUUUUCUAUAAAGCAUAAUAUAUAAGGUAAUAAAAAUAUACAGGUAAUAUAGGAAACAAGCAAUUGCAGCG